AAUAGAAUCGACGGCUGCUAGCCAGUAUCAGUCUCAGUGUUCAGCUCGAGAGGAUAACAUAGACACACAAUGUUCGCUAAAUUGUUCAUCGUCUGCAUGUUGGCCGCGGUAGCGUUGUGUCGCGAGUACCCGGCCGGCGUUCACCCAGCGGUAUGCCCCAACUACCCGUACUGUGAUACGGGUAUGCUAGCACGGUUUACCCCCGAUGGACAACCAGUACCCGAAUGGGUAUACAACCCUAGCAUUCUACCAGUAGCACCUGUAGAGUAAGUACCUAUUAUUUUUUAGUU